UUUUUGUUACAUGUCACGCCGAUCCAAUCCAACGUUGAUUCACUUCUUUCGAACACAAUCUUGACAACAAGCAACUGUCGUGUCCGAAAACUUUGUAAGAUAUAUCGGUAUUGACGCAUAGCAGUCUGACGCCUCUGUUUAAAUAUAGAAAGGCGCAAGCCGGCUGCCUAACAGGUAUUCCGUCAAGGAGAGUUGUACAACAAGGACCACGUCUGAUGUAGACAAUGGUAUCCCUGUGGGUUUAUGGCGUGUUUCUUCUCGCAUGUGCCGAGAUUGUUACAGCUCAAGUAACGUUUUUUACAUCGUGUCAAGACGCAUCUGCUGUUGGAACUAUGUCAGUUGCGGUUCCGGAAGCAGAUAGCCAGCUGCUUAUUGACGGUUCUCCGAGCACGUAUAAAGUCAGCAUCGGAAUUGAUGCAACCCAGGACAGCAUAGGUCUAUCAUUUGACAGCAAUGUUGAAAAUAAAGUUCCACCCUUGGAAUAUUUCCAACUCGUCAGCGGUAACAGCAGCAGCGGCAGCAGUGGUCAGGAGUGGUAUCUUCAGUUGAUAAAGGCCAUUAACAGAGAUGGCAUCCGACCAGAUUCAUUGGAUGACAUUACUGUAAUGGAAUACACGAUGAAGUGUACUGACCUUCCAAUAAACAUGACGUUUUUCAUUUUACUGAGAGUUCAAAUUUUGGAUGUCAACGACAAUUCACCACUGUUCGUCUCGGCGCCGUAUGAAAUAUCCUUGACCGAGAUUAUGCCUGUGGGUUCUACCGUGUUCCGAGGUAUCACCGCAACAGAUCUGGACUUCGAUUUCAACAAAAACAUCGUAUUCGAUAUCGUGCCUGGUGAUCAAAGCUUGUUUGAUGGCUCAACGAAAUUCUCCAUCGACAUUCCUCCCCUCGGAUAUGUCACUUUGAAAAGUAAACUGGAUUUUGAGUCUAAUACACAGUACAGCUUACAGAUAAGAGCAAGGGAUGGUGCACCUGCACCAUCGACCCGAAGCAGCACCACGAUUCUGAACAUCACCAUCACGGACGCGGAUGAUCUGCCCCCAGUCUUCGAGUACUCAACCUGUGUUGCUGAUGGAGACGGAAAAUGUUUCAACCCGUCCUAUGAUGUUGCCUUAACAUCAGGCAGUAUUGGCGCCUUGAGCAUCUACCCAAGACCCCUGAACAACCCACCCACUCCGGUCAAUAUCCAAGCUCGUGACCAAGACAGCCUCAAUUUCAACAUUACAUUCACCGUUGAACAGACUGACCCGGUCGGUUACGAGAACUUCUUUCAAGUCAGUACAGAGCCAGUUCCAGGCACCAGCAGUUUCCGGGCUCAGUUGCAACAAAUUCAACCAAUCAACAGAUCGGGUGCAAAGACACUCGCAGUCAUUCUUCGAGCAGAGGAGGUGUCUAGUAACCGCUAUCACAGCCGAGCCACCGUGUUUGUGACAGUGUUACCAUCCUCCGCACCCCUUGAGAUCACAAGCUCGACUGUAUCACUCACUGGCUACAUCAGGGAGGAUGCUUACAAGGGUGGUGUUGUCAUGGACCAAAACAUGGUGGACCUGUUCAAGCUUAUUGUCAGAAGCAAUGUACCAACAAAUAGUACACCAAAGUAUACGUUUGAGGUUGAUACAAACGGCUUCAGCGUCGACAGCAACAACAUUUUACGACUAAACACGGCUGUGUUGGAUUAUGAAACUGUGAAACAAUACACACUGUCGAUCCGUGCAAGGCCAGCAGGGACGUCCCAAUCCUUUGUAGAUGUUAAUGUUACAGUCAACGUGGUGGACGUGAAUGACAAUUCCCCAGAGUUCUCUGCAACAUUUUAUGACGUUUCACAGAUUGAGGGUGAUUACUCCGGUAACCAAAAAGUGGCUCUCAUACAGUUAACGGCAACCGACGUGGACACAGUUGGCAGCGUGAGGUAUUCAAUAAGUACCGCAUCAACAGGGGCAGCGAACAAAGCGUCUAUCGACGCUGCCAAUGGCACACUGUAUCUGCAGGCCAGGGUCAGCGGAGGGGACCAAUACAUUUUACAUAUCCGGGCCUCAGACAGUGACAGUGGUCCUAGACGUGACACGGCUGUGGUCCGUAUAACGAUCACUUCCUCGGACAACAAAGGGCCACGGAUUCCAGCAGAACUGUUCACGGUAACCUACAGCGAGUGCAUCAGCAUAAACAGGUCUAUCUUCACGGUCCCGGCCACCGAUCCCGAGGGCGGACGCCUCAACUUUGCUAUCAUCGGCGGAAACAACGGAAACACGUUCUCUAUUGACAGAGAUGGUACGAUUACUAAUCUUCUCCCCCUUGACUUUGAGAUGGUGAAUGUGUAUAGUCUGUUAGUGGAAGUCUCGGAUGCUGCCUCUGUGACAGCUACAACGACUGUUCGAGUAGUGGUGGCAGAUGUCAAUGACAACUCCCCAGCAUUCAAUGGAACUACAGAUGGAAUAUAUACCUUCACCGUCAUGGAGCUUAAAACUUCAGCUGUUAUCGGAAACGUUAUGGCCACUGACGUUGAUGAACCAAACACGGACAGAUCACGUGUGGUUUACAGUUUAAUGGGGACAUCGUCGAUGUUCGAGAUCGACGCCCAGUCUGGUCAGAUAUCAUGUGGGUUUCCGGACCCUGCCCACCAGCCGAUACACGAGCUGACCGUCAUAGCCACGGACAGCGCCAGUGAUGCCAGGAUGUCAGCGGUGACCGUUGUGGUCAAUGUCUCUGUCCCCAUUUUUGGCGUCAAGAACUAUGAAGUAGUUGUGUUGGAGAACGCUCAGGAUGUGCCAGUUGUCAACGUAACCGCUGAUAAUCGCGACCAGUCCGCAUCAGCAAGUUACAAGUUCACUGCUGGAGAUUAUCAGAGCUUCAGCAUCAACCCACAGACGGGGGAGAUUAGGACAGCCGUCCCACUUGACUAUGAGAGCAGACACGAAUAUGUGUUGGAGGUGUCCACGUAUUACGGUACACUAAGUAGUUUACCAUCGUCUACAGCAACAGUCAGCGUCGCGGUCGCGGACGUGAAUGACGAAAGCCCCGUGAUAUCAGUGUCUGGCGGUCCUAUCAACGUCUAUGUCAUGGGUAAUGCUGCUGUUGGAACACGCAUCCUUGACAUCAAUGCGGUGGACGGCGAUCCCGCUAAUACUCCAAACAGCAAUGUUAAGUUCUACAUCGCUAGCGUUACUCCAAGCAACGGAACUGGUUUGUUUGAAGUCAACCAAAGUACAGGAGAGGUCACCGUCGCCACGCUUCUUGGGGACGCCACCCAGUCAACGAAUUACACUCUUCAAGUGGUAGCUUCAGAUGAAGGAACCCCUCCGAGAACUGAUGACAUCCUCGUCACUGUGUACAUCGGAUCUGCAUCUGCUUCGUGCAGCACGUGCAGCACCCAGGAGACUAACGGACAAGCUCAUGCCACGAGGACCACAGUUGGCACCCUCUUGUUUCUGACCUCCCUUGCUAUUGUCUGUAAUCCGAUGGUAGUCUUUUAGCUUGCCCAUACCUCUUGUAUAUCUAUCUAAUCAAUAUAUUCCAAAUGUGCUACAACUUGCUACUCCAUGUAUAACUUUGUAAUGUCUUAUACUGAAUUGAAAAAAAAAAUAGAAAAAAAAAAUAUAUAUUCCAAAUGUCAUGAAAACCACCGGCCAGAGAUUAACACACAAUUACUCUGAUAUUUUAUACAUUGGUUUGACAUCGGUUUUAGUGUCAGUAAAACCAGUAAAUUCA